GUCUGCCCAAAAUCCUCGCCUACUUAACUCCCCCUCUCGCUGCCUCUAAGUUUCGCCCAAAACUUUCUCCUUCAUCACCAAACCCUCACGAUACAGUUGCGAUCAGAGAUAACUGAGAUGGCAUCAGCUCAUGGUACUCCAGGACUAGGUUUUGUGCUGAGUAAUAAAGGAUGCCUCGCCGAAGCUAAGUUAUGCCACACUAGUUUCUUGCCUAGAUUUCAAGCAACUAAGCAAGCCUCAAAAUUUUUGGAGAAGGAAACAUGCCACAAUUUUAAGAGCUGGAGUACAAGAGCUACUCUGACCUUUGAUCCGUCGACUGAACAAGCAAAGCUGAAAGAGAGGAGACACACUCUUGAUCCAGCCGCUCCAGAUUUUCAUCCAUUUCCAUCCUUUGAAGAGUGCUUUCCAAAGAGCACGAAAGAGUACUGGGAAGUUGUUCAUGAGAGAACUGGUCAUGUGUUGAAGGUACCAUUUCGACGGGUUCAUCUCUCAGGGCACGAGCAAUACUUUGAUACAUAUGAUACUAGUGGUCCGCAAAAUGUUAACCCUCGAGUUGGUCUUCCCAAGAUUCGGAAGGAUUGGAUCGACCAGAGAGAGAAGCUAGGUGAACCCAGAUGCACACAGAUGUACUAUGCUAAGAAGGGUCUCAUUACAGAGGAAAUGUUGUUCUGUGCCACUCGUGAGAAGCUUGAUCCUGAUUUUGUGAGAUCAGAGGUUGCUCGCGGAAGAGCUAUCAUCCCUUCCAACAAGAAACACCUUGAAUUGGAACCAAUGAUUGUAGGUAGGAACUUCUUAGUCAAGGUGAAUGCUAAUAUUGGCAAUUCUUCUGUGGCGAGUUCUAUUGAGGAAGAGGUGCAUAAAGUUAAAUGGGCCACCAUGUGGGGUGCCGACACAGCCAUGGAUCUGUCAACGGGUCGAUACAUUCAUGAGACACGUGAAUGGAUUCUUCGUAAUUCGGCUGUGCCUGUUGGAACUGUUCCAAUUUACCAAGCAUUAGAAAAAGUGAAUGGUGUUGCUGAAAAUCUUACAUGGGAGAUUUUUAGAGAUACUCUUAUUGAACAAGCUGAGCAGGGUGUUGAUUAUUUCACCAUCCAUGCUGGUGUGCUGCUUCGCUACAUUCCUCUUACAGCAAAUAGAAUGACUGGAAUUGUUUCACGUGGAGGAUCCAUUCAUGCAAAAUGGUGUUUAGUUUAUCACAAAGAGAACUUCGCUUAUGAGCAUUGGGAUGAUAUACUUGACAUUUGUAAUCAGUAUGACGUGGCACUGUCUAUUGGUGAUGGACUUAGGCCCGGUUCCAUACAUGAUGCUAAUGACACCGCACAGUUUUCAGAGCUUUUAACACAGGGUGAGCUUACGCGCAGGGCUUGGGAAAAGGAUGUGCAGGUGAUGAAUGAAGGCCCAGGACAUAUCCCAAUGCACAAAAUUCCAGAAAACAUCGCUAAACAGUUGGAUUGGUGCAACGAGGCACCUUUCUAUACACUCGGUCCCCUGACAACUGAUAUUGCUCCUGGAUAUGAUCAUAUUACCUCAGCCAUUGGUGCAGCCAACAUUGGAGCUCUUGGCACUGCACUUCUUUGUUAUGUUACACCUAAAGAACAUCUUGGGCUGCCAAAUCGUGAUGAUGUGAAAGCUGGUGUUAUAUCAUACAAAAUAGCUGCCCAUGCUGCUGAUUUGGCAAAAUGUCAUCCCCAUGCACAAGCCUGGGAUGAUGCCCUAAGCAAGGCACGCUUUGAGUUUAGAUGGGUUGAUCAAUUUGCUUUAUCAUUGGAUCCAAUGACUGCGAUGACCUUCCAUGAUGAGACACUUCCCUCUGAGGGUGCCAAGGUUGCACAUUUCUGUUCAAUGUGUGGACCUAAGUUCUGCUCUAUGAAGAUUACAGAAGAUGUUCGCAAAUAUGCUAAUGAGCAUGGGUAUGGAACUCCAGAGGAAGCUUUGAAGCAGGGCAUGGAAGCUAUGAGUGUUGAGUUUCUUGCUGCCAGGAAAACUAUCAGUGGAGAGCAGCAUGGUGAAGUUGGUGGGGAGAUCUAUGUUCCUGAAAGCUAUGCCAUACGCCGGUAAAAGGAGCUUAUUUGCAUUUUCGUAUUGCCAGAAGCUUGAAAAUGACUCCAAUUGGCUAAAACAGUUGGCAUUUCCUAUUGGGCCUAUGUAAGUCGAUAUUAUGCUAAAUAAUGCAAAACAUGUUUUGAAACAUGUUUUGCUUUGUUCUGUUUGUAAGUCGAUAUUAUACUAAAUAGAUAUUAUGCUAAAUAAUGCAAAACAUGUUUUGCUUUGUUCUAUAUGUAAGUCGAUAUUAUGCUAAAAAAUGCAAAACAUGUUUUGCUUUGUUCUGAUGGUUGUGUUUGUUUAGUUUGCUGCAGUAAUGAAGCGUUA